AUGAGCUACUACGGCAGCUACUGUGGAGGCCCGAGCUACGGCCUUGGAGGUUUUGGUGGCCUGGGUUAUGGCUAUGGCUGUGGCUGUGGCAGCUUCCACAGACUGGGCUAUGGCUGUGACUAUGGAGACUAUGGAUAUGGCUCUGGCUUUGGAGGCUUUGGAUAUAGAUGUGGCCGUCCGUCAUGCUAUGGAAGAUAUGGAUUCUCUUGCGUCUAUUGAAAUCCUGCUCUGGUAAUUCAACAUCUGCUAUUAUGAAGGGACUUGCUAAAACAUUCUUCAGUCAAUGGACUUAGAUGACUUUAGUCUUAAA